AUAUAUAAUGAAAUCUUUGAUUCAAGCUCUAGGGCGUCGGAGGGAAAGAGGGAAUUCUCGUUUUCGAUUCCAAAGCUACGACUUUUGGCGAUUCUAAGGUGGAGAAAGAGGCAGAGGAGAUCAUGUACGGGUCUAGAGGGGCUAUGUUGGGGAGCGGGGGGGUUUCAGACGGGUACGAGGGCACAAAGAGGGCACGAAUGAUGGAAUCAAAUCCCUACUUCGCAGUGAGCAGUGGUGCUGGCUCAGAUGGGUUCAACAAUGGCUCCAAGAGGCCGCGGACCAUGGAAUCAAGCCCUUACUUCUCGACAAGAGGUGGCAUUAGCAGUUUCCAGCAGCCUUAUGGCUAUGGAGGUGGAAGCCUCGGUGCUUUUCCUGUGGUCCGCUUGCGAGGCCUUCCAUUCAACUGUGAUGAUCUAGACAUCUACAAAUUCUUUUCUGGUUUAGAUGUGGUGGACUGCUUAUUAGUCAAUAAGAAUGGGCGCUUCUCUGGUGAGGCCUUUGUUGUUUUUCCGUCUAUGAUGCAGACCGAGUUUGCUCUCCAGAAGGAUAGACAGAACAUGGGCCGAAGAUAUAUUGAGGUAUUUAGAGGUAGUAAGAUGGAAUAUUACCAUGCUAUCGCUGCUGAGGUGAACAGUGGUGGAGCAACAGAGCAUGAAUAUCGCCGUGGAUCACCUGUUUCUCGGCCAAAGAAAUCCUUUGAGGAUAAGGACCAGAUGGAGUACACUGAGGUCCUUAAACUUCGGGGGCUACCAUACUCAGCUACCAAGUCUGACAUUGUCGAUUUCUUUGGCGAGGAGUUUGGACUCAGCGAGGAGAAUGUGCAAAUUGCCUGCCGUUCAGAUGGGAAAGCAACUGGUGAGGCAUUCGUUGAAUUCGAAUCAGCAGAGAUGGCCAAGAAGGCUAUGUGCAAGGACAAGAUGAUGAUAGGCUCUAGAUACGUCGAGUUGUUCCUAUCAACACCGGAGGAAGCGAAGAGGGCUGAAUUCAGAUCUAGACAAUGAAUAGCUGAUGAUAGACAAGAUGAACAUGUGUUUGAUUGGUAAUUCCAUUGUCACUGCUACUUUUUUCUGCGGUCACAGUUGUAACAUUUUUUUUUUUUCCUUUUUUGUUUUUUCUUGAGCUAACAUUUAGUCAGUUGAUGACUGUCUGAAAGUUUUCUCCUGUAUUCUAUAUGAUAAAAUUUCGUAUUUGUAGUUCUGCAGCUGAAAAUUUUUUCAGUAAAUCUGAUAAAGGACCUUGUGAUGUUUCUCAAA